AUGGACAUGAUCAGCGACAUGCCGGAUUGCAUACUCUUACACAUCCUCUCCUUCCUCCCUACCAAAACCGCCUUUCUCACCACCGUCCUCUCUCGCCGCUGGACUCACCUCUGCCACCACCUCCAACACCUCCACUUCGACCAAAACCAAUUUCGAAACCACAAUACUUGGUCAGAUUUCAGUGCAAAAAAACGAUUUCUCGCCAUUGUUAAUUGGAUUCUCUCCCGCCACAAUCCGCCGCCAAUUCGAACCUUUCGUCUCACCUGUGACCUAAAUCGUCAAUCCGAUGAAUACACUGCGGAGUGGUUCAUUAGAAAGGUUUUAGGGCCAAACCUCGGGGAAUUGAACCUCCAACUCUCCUCCAUCUGUUGCUCCGAUCCCAAAGUCGCUAUUCCCAACAGCGUUUUCAGCUGCACUUCCCUCGUGACUCUCCGUUUAAUCGGAGGCCACAUAAGAAUCCCUUCGCCUUCUGCACCGUCGUGCCGUUAUCACUUGCCAUCACUCAAGACACUGGAAUUGUCUAAUGUCGAAAUCUCUGUUGGUAUCUUGGAGGAGAUUCUCUCUCACUGCACUGCUCUUGAGACUCUUAUUCUUGGCUAUGUCCGUCAAACCCUCGUGAAGGUCCAAUUGAGUAUUUGUUGUCCUUCUUUGAAGAGUUUGCACUUCCAAUCUUUUUAUGGUGACGAUCUUAGAUUGCUUGUUAUAGACACACCAUCUCUUAAACGUCUUGAUAUCCCAGUUGAGUUGUGGCUUCACGAGAUCCGUGUUCGCAACUUGCACAAUGUGGAGGAAGCCCGUAUCAACAUUACUAAGCAAUCCUUUGUGCUCGAGUUUCUUGUGGAGCUUUGCAGGAUAAGGAUUUUGGAGCUGGGUUCAUCAGUGUUUGAUUGUUUGCCUGAGGUUCCUCCGCAUCGUAUUCCAGAGUUUACCUGUUUACAUACGCUAGAGCUUACUGUUAUGUGGUGUUUGGACACCAGAUACAUAAUGAAUAUGCUUCAGAAAUGUCCCAUGCUUAAACUUCUUGCUAUUGUUUUUAGCAUUAGUCUUCCUAUAAUGGAUCCAGAUCCGUCACCAAAAUGGGAACACCCAGUGAAGGUUCCUACUUGUCUUGCAUCGCAUCUGCAAGUGAUUAAAAUCAAGAGAUAUUUUGAAUCCAGAGAUGAUAGAGAUUUUUUUGCCUAUGUUCUUCAACAUGGACUUGUUUUGGAGUCACUUGAUCUUCAGGUGGAUCAUACGAGAUCUAAAAGAUUUCCAGAAGAAUUAUCCCUUUUGCCAAGGAGCUCCAAGGCGUGCCAAAUUAACUUUUGCUGGAUAUCCUACUAA